AUGGAAAGCCUCGGUCGUGUGUAUCUCUUCGGAGAUCAGACUGCCGACUUUGAUUCGGGUCUUCGACGCCUGCUUCAUGCCAAGAAUGAUUCCCUGCUGAAGGCCUUCUUCCAGAAGUGCUAUCAUGCUUUGCGCACCGAAAUCAGUCGACUGUCACCUUCGCAGCGACAGAUGUUCCCUCGUUUCACCAGCAUUAUUGACCUUCUGGCAAGAUAUCGACAGCACGGGCAGAAUCCAUCUUUGGAGAGUGCGUUGACAACUAUUUAUCAGCUUGGAAGUUUUAUCCACUACUAUGGUGACCUUGGCCACACUUAUCCUGUUGGAUCUGACAGCUGCAUCAUUGGUCUCUGCACCGGCCAGCUUGCUUCCGCAGCUGUAAGCUCCUCGCGAACUGUGGGAGAGCUUAUCCCAGUUGGUGUUCAGACUGUUGUUCUGGCUCUUAGACUUGGCGCAUCUGUCAUCAAGGUGCGGGACCUUGUGGAAUCAAAGGGACCGUCACCAAGCUGGUCUGUUUUGGUCUCCGGAAUCCGAGAGCCAGAGGCUCAGAAAGUGAUUGAAGCCUUCGCCCAGACUAAAGCCCUGCCGCGUGUGUCCCGGCCAUAUAUCAGUGCCAUAAGCCAAAAUGGUGUUACUAUUAGUGGCCCACCUUCCAUCCUUGGAACUUUCAUCGAUGAAUGCCUCUCGAAGGAGCAGAAGCCCAUCCGAGUCCCAAUUCAUGGUCCUUAUCAUGCCGAUCAUCUGUAUGAUUCGAGAGAUAUUAACCGAAUCAUGGAAUCCUGGCCCAAAGAAGAGUUCGAGAACUACGUUCCCCAAAUUCCGAUCUUGUCAGGCGAGACAGGCAAGGCAAUGGAGGCCCAAAGUAUGGAGGCUCUUUUGAAAGUGUCGCUCGAGGAGAUUCUGCUGCGCCAGCUUUGUUGGGACAAAAUUGUCGACUCAUGCUCCUCAGCCCUGAAGUCAGCAGGCUCUAAAUGCACCCUGCUUCCUAUCGCCAGCACCGCAACACAAAGUCUGUAUACGUCAUUAAAGAAGGCUGGAAUCUCACAACUUGAGGUUGAUGGGUCUAUUGGCGAGGUCAAGAAGGAUGCAGAAGGUGACAACCGUACUGGCCGCUCCGAGCAAUCCAAGAUUGCCAUUAUCGGUCUCUCAGGACGAUUCCCCGAAGCUCCUGACACUGAAGCAUUCUGGGAUGUCCUGUACAAGGGGCUCGAUGUUCACCGUGAGGUGCCUCCGGAGCGCUGGGAUGUUAAAGCACACGUCGACAUGGACGGAAAGAAGAGAAACACCAGUCAAGUCCAAUAUGGCUGCUGGAUCAAGGAGCCUGGUCUGUUCGAUCCUCGAUUCUUCAACAUGUCACCUCGCGAGGCUCUGCAGGCGGAUCCUGCUCAGCGUCUUGCCCUCCUCACUGCCUACGAGGCUUUCGAGAUGGCCGGCUUCAUUCCCGAUAGCACUCCAUCCACGCAGAAGAACCGAGUCGGGGUGUUCUAUGGAAUGACCAGUGAUGACUACCGCGAGAUCAACAGCGGCCAGGACAUUGACACUUAUUUCAUCCCUGGUGGCAACCGUGCUUUCACUCCCGGUCGUAUCAACUACUACUUCAAGUUCAGCGGACCAAGUGUCAGCGUCGAUACGGCUUGCUCGUCCAGUCUGGCUGCCAUUCAUGUUGCAUGCAACUCCCUUUGGAAGAACGAUUGCGAUUCUGCCGUGGCAGGUGGUGUCAAUAUCCUGACCAACCCGGACAACCACGCUGGUCUUGAUCGUGGUCACUUCCUCUCCCGGACUGGAAACUGCAACACUUUUGAUGAUGGUGCCGAUGGUUACUGCCGGGCUGAUGGUAUUGGGUCUGUGGUUCUCAAGAGACUUGAGGACGCCUACGCGGAUAAUGACCCCAUAUACGGUGUCAUUGGCGGCGCUUAUACCAACCACUCGGCGGAGGCUGUCUCCAUUACCCGUCCCCUUGCCGGCGCUCAGUCUUUCAUUUUCGACAAGCUGCUUAAUGAGGCUGACAUCGACCCCAAGGAGGUCAGCUACAUUGAGAUGCACGGAACUGGAACCCAAGCCGGCGAUGCAGUGGAGAUGGAAUCGGUGUUGGAGGUCUUUGCUCCUGAUUAUCGCCGUGGUCCAGCUCAGUCACUUCAUCUCGGCUCGGCUAAGUCCAACAUUGGCCACGGAGAAUCAGCUUCUGGUGUCUCGGCCCUGAUCAAGGUGCUCGUCAUGAUGCAGAAGAACAUGAUCCCGCCCCAUUGCGGAAUUAAGAACAAGAUCAAUCAUAACUUCCCCACUGACAUGGCGCAACGAAACGUGCACAUUGCCAUGGAGCCCAUUCCCUGGAACCGCCCCGAGGGUGGCAAACGCAAAUCUUUCGUCAAUAACUUCUCAGCAGCUGGUGGAAACACUGCGCUGUUGAUUGAGGAUAGCCCUCUGCGCGAGCACAGCGGAAAAGACCCCCGUUCUGUGCAUGUCGUUACCGUCUCCGCCAGAUCCCAGUCUGCGCUUAAGAACAACGUUGCCGCACUGAUCCAAUAUAUUGAUACGAACAAGAAUAUGUUCAAUGUCAAGGAGGAGAGUCUUCUUGCUAGCCUUUCUUACACCACCACCGCGCGCCGUAUUCACCACCCAUUCCGAGCUACCGCAACUGGCUCGACGCUGGAUGAAAUCCGCAAUGGCUUGGACUCUAGCGUCAACCGUGAGAGCAUCACUCCAGUUUCCGCCACCGCUCCCGGUGUUGGAUUUGUCUUCACUGGACAAGGUGCUCAAUACACUGCCAUGGGAGGUCAAUUGUAUGAGAACAACUCUCAAUUCCGGACUCACAUCGAGCACCUCGAUUGCAUUGCUCAAAGCCAAGGCUUCCCGUCAAUCAUUCCUCUGAUCGAUGGUAGUGUCCCGAUCGAGGAGCUGAGCCCUAUUGUCACCCAGUUGGGAACCACCUGUAUCCAGAUGGCUCUGGCAAAGUUCUGGAUCUCCCUCGGAGUUGUUCCUACCUUUGUUCUCGGUCACAGCUUAGGCGAGUACGCUGCUCUGAAUGCUGCUGGCAUUUUGACGACCAGUGACACCAUCUACCUAACCGGUCGCCGGGCUCAGCUACUCACCGAGCAGUGCCAUGUUGGAACCCACGCUAUGCUGGCUGUCAAGUCCUCUGUCGCCCAAGUGAAGCAAUACCUGAACCAGGACGCCGCCGAGGUAGCAUGCAUUAAUGCUCCCAGCGAGACUGUCAUUAGUGGAGCCAUUAGCGAGAUUGAGAAGCUUGCUGAUACGCUCGCCAACGAAGGUUUUAAAGCUACCAAGCUGAAGGUGCCUUUCGCAUUCCACUCUGCCCAGGUUGAGCCUAUUCUGGAGAGCCUCAAUGAUGUCGCCAAGGGUGUCACUUUCCACGAGCCCUCUAUUCCCUUCGUCUCUUCUCUGCUUGGAGAUGUGAUCAAGGAGGCCAACCCUGAGGUCCUUGCUCCUAGCUAUUUGACUCGUCAUUGCCGGGAGACUGUCAACUUCCUCGCUGCUCUGGAAGCCACCCGCCACGCCAAGCUGAUGAACGACAAGACCGUCUGGGUUGAGAUUGGCUCUCACCCCGUGUGCUCUGGUAUGGUCAAGUCGACCUUCGGUCCUCAGGCUACAACUGUGGCAUCUCUGCGUCGCCAGGAGGAUACCUGGAAGGUACUGUCUAACAGCCUUUCGGCUCUCUACCAUGCUGGUAUCGAUCUUCGCUGGAAAGAGUAUCAUCAGGACUGGAGCUACGUGCAUGAGGUACUCUAUCUUCCCGCCUACAAAUGGGAUCUCAAGAACUACUGGAUCCCUUACACCAACAAUUUCUGCUUGCUGAAGGGUGCUCCGGCAGCUCCUGCUACAGAAGCAGCACCUGUCACUCCCUACUUGACAUGUGCUGCACAGAAGGUUCUUGAGACUAGCGGUGAUGAUAAGACGGCGACCGUGGUCGUUGAGAAUGACAUUGCCGACCCUGAUUUGAAUCGUGUCAUCCAAGGCCACAAGGUCAAUGGCGCCGCUCUUUGUCCAUCGUCUCUGUACGCCGACAUCGCUCAGACGCUUGGCGAAUAUCUGGUGAAGACCUACAAGCCUGACUGGGAGGGACGAGGCUUCGACGUCUGCAACAUGGUUGUGCCCAAGCCCAUGAUUGCAAAGGGCGGCAAGCAGCUGUUCCGAGUAUCGGCCACUGCUAACUGGGCUGAUGAACACGCUCUGAUUCAGGUCUGGUCUGUAACACCCGAAGGCAAGAAGAUCAUCGAUCAUGCUCAUUGCCAUGUCAAGUUCUUUGACACUAGUGUUGCCGAGGCGGAAUGGAAGCGCAACACUUAUCUCAUCAAGAGAAGUAUUGAGCACCUCCAGGAGAGCACCGAAUCUGGUGAGGCCCACCGCAUGAAGCGCGGAAUGGUCUACAAGCUGUUUGCUUCCCUAGUCGACUACGACGAGAACUACAAGUCUAUCCAAGAAGUAAUUCUGGACAGCGAACAGCACGAGGCUACCGCUUUGGUCAAGUUCCAGGCUCCCCCCGGAAAUUUCCACCGCAACCCCUUCUGGAUCGACAGCAUUGGUCAUUUGUCUGGCUUCAUUAUGAAUGCCAGCGAUGCCACUGACUCUAAGAACCAGGUGUUUGUAAACCAUGGGUGGGAUUUCAUGCGCUGCUUGAAAAAGUUCGACCCCAAGGUCACCUACCGUACCUACGUUCGCAUGCAGCCAUGGCAAAACUCGAUUUGGGCAGGUGAUGUGUGGAUGUUCGAAGGCGAAGAUGUUGUUGCUGUUUAUGGUGGCGUCAAAUUCCAGGCUUUGGCUCGGAAAAUUCUCGACACUGUUCUCCCUCCAGCUGGAGCUGCUCCUGCUGCUGCUAAGGCUAGACCUGCACCCAUCAACGUUCAGAAGGCGAAGGCUGCUCCCAAGAAGACAGCCAACCGCGCUGCACCUUCUCCCAAGUCUGCUGGCCCAGGUAUUAUCACCAAGGCUCUUAACAUCUUGGCCGAGGAAGUUGGUCUUUCCACAUCUGAAUUGACCGACGACCUCAACUUUGCGGACUAUGGCGUUGAUUCUCUCCUUUCCUUGACUGUGACUGGUCGCUACCGCGAGGAGAUGGGUCUUGACCUCGAAUCCUCGAUCUUUGUGGAUCAACCCACUAUCAAAGACUUCAAGCAGCUUCUGACCCAGAUGAACCCUGCUGAAAGCAGCAGCGACGGAUCUGGUAGCGAACCUGACCUCUCUUCUGCUGCUUCAUCCACAGACAUCUCUUCUCCCAACUCGAGUGGACUUCCUACUCCCGCAAACGAGAAGAGCAUGACCUACGAGCAGAAUGACAGCAUGAAGCAGAUUUGUGAGAUUCUAGCUGAAGAGAUUGGAGUUGAGCCUAAUGAGCUCGAGGGAAACGAGAACCUGGCUGAAAUGGGCCUGGACUCUCUGAUGUCGCUCACUGUCCUCGGUAAGAUCCGUGAGACUUUGGACCUCGAUCUUUCCGGAGAGUUCUUCAUUGAGAACCAGACGGUCAAUGAAAUUGAGACCGCUCUUGACUUGAAGCCCAAAACCACUGUUCCUGAGCCUAUCAGUCUUCCUCAGGAGAUCCCAGCCCCAAUUCCCAAGGCUGUUCCAAACACCGCUAUUCAGCACCCGCCUGCAACAUCCAUUCUGCUGCAAGGUAACCCCAAGACAGCUACUCAAAAGCUGUUCUUGUUCCCCGAUGGCUCUGGGUCUGCCACAUCCUACGCCACAAUCCCUGGUCUCUCCCCCGAUGUCUGUGUAUACGGAUUGAACUGCCCGUACAUGCGCACUCCUGAGAACCUGAAGUACAGCUUGGACGAGAUGACUGCUCCAUAUGUUGCUGAGAUCCGCCGUCGCCAGCCUCACGGUCCUUACAACUUCGGCGGUUGGUCAGCUGGUGGCAUCUGCGCCUACGACGCAGCCCGCCAGCUUAUCUUCGAGGAAGGUGAGCGAGUUGAGCGUCUGCUCCUUCUCGACUCGCCCUUCCCGAUUGGCCUCGAGAAGCUUCCUCGCCGUCUCUACCGCUUCUUCGAUACAAUCGGUCUCUUCGGAGAGGGCAAGGCUCCCCCGCCUAAGUGGCUGCUCCCUCACUUCCUAGCCUUCAUCGACUCGCUUGAUGCCUACAAAGCGGUACCUUUCCCCUUCAACGAUAGCAAGCUGGCAGAGAAGAUCCCCAAGACCUUUAUGGUCUGGGCCAAGGACGGCGUCUGCAACAAGCCCACCGAUACUCGUCCAGAGCCCGCGGAAGAUGGAAGCCCUGAUCCCCGUGAAAUGCUCUGGCUUCUCAAUAACCGCACUGACCUCGGCCCCAAUAAGUGGGAUACCCUCGUUGGGCCCCACAAUGUGGGCGGCAUUACUAUCAUGGAAGGAGCUAAUCACUUCACCAUGACCCGUGGCGAGAAAGCCAAGGAAUUGGCCGCUUUCAUGGCGAACGCGAUGAAGACUGCUGCCUAA